AUGACCACAAAUAACUCGGAUGCAGAGGCAAAUCUCUACUUAUACGAUCCAAGUCAUAUAUUACCAGCUGUCUUUGCCGCUUUGGUCGGCGUGUCUCUAUUCCUGCAUAUUUACCAAAACUACCGCUACCGAUUCUGGCGCGUCACCUUUUUCAUCUGCUGGGGUGGAGCCCUGUUCACCGCAGGCUGGAUUCUCCGCUGCAUAUCAAGUUACCAUCCAGCAAACCUAAACAUCUAUAUCGCAUCAACAGUUUUCAUCUAUGUCGGCCCACCAGUUUACUCAGCCGCCGCGUAUAACCUCGUCGGACGCCUCAUGAACUACUUACCAAUGCACGCGGUCCUCAACCCCAACCGUGUGCUCAUCUUCUUCGUCUAUGUCGGCGCUGCCGUGGAAGCAAUUACAGUCGCAGGAGCAGCCAAGAACGCAGCAGCCGGCUCUGACCUGGACAAGUACAAGGCCGGCGGGACUCUCAUCGCUGCGGGGCUCGUUCUCCAAGCAGCGGUCGAAUGCUGCGUCAUCGGGAUCGUUGCAGCGGUCCACACGCGCUGCUCUCGGGCUCGGAUGCUCUCGCCAAAUGUCCGUAUGAUCUGCAUCACACUCUACGGGACAUCGACUCUUGUCUUGUUGCGGUGUAUCUUCCGCGCCGCCGAGGCUUUCGAGAUGUUUGGUAAUCUUGGAUGUCGGGAGAACUGCGGGCCAAUUCUCAGCAACGAAUGGUAUCUAUACGCAUUUGAACUGGGUCCGAUGCUGCUCUUUACUUGGUGGCUCAACUUAAUGCAUCCUGGUCGGCAUCUUCCUCGCCAAAAGCUACGCUAUCUGUGUCCGGAUGGUCGCACGGAGCGAAUGGGUCCCGGAUGGAUUGACCGCCGCUCUCAGUGGGAGACCUUCGCCGAUCCGUUGGAUUUGAAGGGGGUGUUCAAAGGUGCGCCUUCUCACGAGAAGUAUUGGCUGCGACAGGAUGAAUGGCCUGUGUGCAAGGAUGGUAGCUUUGCUAUGGGCACUGCUACCAACACGAGAGAUGCAUCCAAGGACGAAAAGGACCAUGUUCCACUUAGUCCUCAUGUUUGA